AUGACCUCUGCUUACGAACCGCAAGAAGAGGAUGAUGUAGCUCAGAGGCGGGCGCAUAACGAGCGACAAAUCGUGUCGCAAGUCAUUCGCAGUGGCGUCUUCCACGACAUCCUAUCCUACCUUGCGUAUACCUACCCUCCCGGACGUUCGAAGAAGGGACUCUUUCCCUUAGGAUGGAUCUACGCCACACACGUUUGUGCGAGUCUGCGAUACUCCGCGCUCGAGACGUCGUCACUUUGGGCGCGGCACGUCUGCGCGUUUGGCACGGAGCACGUCUUCCGAGUGCUCUUGGAUCGCGCUGGCUCCUUCCCCAUCACUAUCGAUAAUGUCCGGGAUUACGCCCUGGACGAGUUUAGUCGCAGGGUGUACACCAUCCCUGGACAUUACUUCCGUGUCCUUACGCGAGCGGCGUCCAUAAGCCUCAUCGCUGGUCUUGAGCAGAUAGGACAAGUUGCUCGCGAGUUAUGCGGGCACGACGCACCAUACCUGACGAGCCUCAAAGUGCACCGUUCACACUCUACAUUUCCUCAUUUCGUUCAAGCGACUCCUUUGGGGGUGCCACCUGAACAGGUUGGCCAGGUGUCGUAUGAUAUCGCACCUCGGGCCGCGUUCAGCAAACUUCGGGAUGCCGAGUUCAUCAACACGUACAUGCCCGUCCUCGGACGGAACCUCGUCUCUCUCAAGAUAGCCGGAAAGUUGCGCGAGUCAGAGCCUACGGCGCGUCAUAUACUGUUCAUGCUCCAAGGAUGCGUGAGUCUAGAAUCCUUGAGGCUUCAAGGGUUCACACGCGCGACACCUCUCGAGAGUCUGACCGUAUCAGACGAGCAGACAACGUCCGUUCAUCUUCCUCAGCUAAACGAGCUCGUGCUCGAGGCGCGCUCCGGCUUAUUCCUAGCUUCUCGCCUCAUUCACCCUCCACUGGAGGUCGCAUCGGUGAUACAGUAUGGCGGCGAACUUGAAGAAACGACGACCAAGCAUGUCAAAGCUGCUCUCUCAUCCCUGCUUUGUGGAGGCGACCACAUGCAGAGGACUACACGGGACAAGCUGAACGUGUACAUCCUCAGAUUCUACGAGCCAUCCAUGAUGCCAGAAUUCGGCUGCCUCCUCACCCUUCGCGCGUCCCCAUCAUGUAUUGGCGAUCAACGGAUAUUCAGCUACAAUACCCCCAAGGAGCCACUCGGACUCUCUUCACCAUAUGCCGGCCCUGGAACGUCAGAGGCGCAGCUUACGAUCUCUGUAUCUGGACUUGACCCUGUUUACCAAACACAGCCUGGGGCAACGAUGUUCCUUGAGGAGGUCUUUGCGGCACAUAGAGCGCUAUCUCCGGCGCUGCUGGGGGACAUCGAAGUGGUGCACAUCUCCAUCCAUCCCACUCGGGAAAUCAACUGGCGCAAACUGCUCGCACCCUUCACCUCUGCUCACACCAUCAUCAUGGCGUACGAGCAGCCGAGACUUGACGACAACGAUGGGCUGGUCGACGUUCUCGCAGAAGCCUUCGGCGAUAGCGUCCUCGUCUUACCUCGACUGGAGACGAUCGUGACGGACAAGAAGGUCCCAUGGAGACCUCGGGACUACCUGCGCUUCCGCGAGAUGCUCAAAGCCCGCGCUGCGUGUGACUCCCCGGUUCGCACGGUUCGCAGUAUGGCGGAAAGGGAGCCGCCGAAUGCCCUGAUGAAGAAGUAUUACGAUGAUCUCGUUAAAUUGACAGACUGA